AUGACACUCAAGCGAACAGACUCUGAGAAGAUCGGCCCGGCAUAUCUCCCGUACGAAGUCUUCCUGCGCAUCGUCGAAGCGCUUAUCGAGGACGUUUUCGACUGGGAAGAGCCAGUUGAUUGGGAUCUCAGAUACCAAUAUGAUUCCUCGUCCAGGAUUUUCAUCAACUACGAAUCCCGCCAGAUGGUCAACAGAGUGCUCCCCCGGGCCGCCAUGCUAAACGAGGACGGAAGCGUGGCUUGGAUCGAGGCAUGGCUGCGCCCGGACAUUGAUGCUUUCAUUCUCUUCUACACCAAGUCUCCUGGUCUCGACUUCAACCAAAUGUGCUUCAAUGCAGCUUUGACUUACCCAUCCUCCCGCAACGCAUUUGUUCGUCACAUCGAAUACGUCCGUCUCCAAAGUUAUGACUGGAUCACCGACGUCAAUGACGACGAUCUCGCCGCGCUCGCUACCCUUCCCAAUUUUCAGGUGAUCCAGAUGGAGGUUCGCCGCAUUAUCUACCUUUACAUGGAACAACCUGUUCACUUCGGAUUCCGCCAGAUCAACUAUGAAGCCUUUCCUUGCUUAGCUCUCGCUGCUACACGACUGGGCAGCUGCCAACACAACCUCCGCACCGAAGUUCACACAACUGGGAACAAGAUGUCAGACAUCCAAAUCUUCUCCUUCCAACCUAAGGAGGCACCUCAGCCCAUGCCGCUGCGGGAAACCCCGCCUGGCAAGGUUGGACCAGCUUCUCUUCCGCGCGAACUCUUCCUGAAGAUCGUCGAUUCGCUCGUUAACGACGUUACGGCCUGGGAGACACCCGCAAGCUGGAAGCUUGAGUACUGCUACGACGCCCCGUCCAAGCUGGUCGUCAAAGAGCAACAAAUGACAAUCGCCGAAGCCUCGCACUCGCAAAACAAGCGCUUCCAGCGAUCCCGCCUUCCUUCACAAAUCGACCGCGAGACCCGCCUCAUGGUCAACAAGAAGCUCGUCCGAAUCACCAUGUUGACCGAGAAUGGGGCCAUUUCACCCAUUAACGCAUGGGUUCGCCCCGACAUCGACCGCUUCGUUGCGUUCUGCGCCGCCGGCAAAGAUCUCCGCAACCAGGAGCUGCACGCCAGACAAGCAAUGACUCUCCCAACCCCUACUUGCGAGAGCUUGAUCAAUUCCAUCCAGCGACUCCACUUUCCGAAGCUUGAGUAUAUCUCUCGCAAGAACGCCGCCGCAAUCGCUUCCUUCGCUGCCCUCCCUCAUCUCAGAGAGAUCAGCACCGUCGUCGGAAACUGGGCACCGGAUUACAACGAACGUAUCGUGCACCACGGAAUUAGGAAGAUCGACCAAAAGACCUACCCGACCUUGCACAACUGGGCACAACGCCACGAGUCAACUUUCGCGUCCAUCUUUCGGCCCCUCAAGAACAAGGGUGUCAAGCUCUUAGUUGACAUCAUGAUCGGUGACAACCCGUUCCUUGAGAUUUGCGACACCGAGAAGGGAAUUCGCAUCAAGACUCUCAUUGCCAACUGCAACUGCUGCAGCCAUGACAAGCUUUAUUGA